CGUGCCGUGCGCAACAAGCCGAUCGGCAGCCGACCGCCGCGCCCGCGCCUUUCCCUUCCGGCCCUUCCGCAGGCCGUAGCCUCCAGAUCCCACCAGACCCCGACCGGACCCGAUCCCAUGGCCUUCUCGCGGCUCCUCCCGUCCCGCAGCCGCCUCCUCUCCACCACCCUCCUCCACACGCCGGGACCCAUCCCCACCCCGCGCGCGACCGCCGCGGCGGCCGCCGCCAGCCCCACCCCGCUCGGCCCCUUCCUCCGCAGCUUCGCCUCGGCCACGCGGCGGGCGGGGCCCUCCUCCUCCCGCCCCCGCGCCGCGGACAUCGGCGCCCGCGCGCGGCAGCUGCAGACGCGCCGCCUCUGGUCCUACGGGCUCGCCUUCGCCUGCACGGCCGGGUUCGUGGUCACCGUGCUCGCCACGUUCCAGGACCAGCUCGUCUUCUACGUCACGCCCACCGACGCGCUCGCCAAGUUCACCGCCGACCCUUCCAAGUCCCGCGUCCGCCUCGGCGGCCUCGUCCUCGAGGGCUCCGUCGCGCACCCCUCGCCGUCCUCCCCCGAGAUCGAGUUCGUCGUCACCGACCUCAUCACCGACGUGCUCGUCCGCUACGAGGGCGCGCUGCCCGACCUCUUCCGCGAGGGCCACUCCGUCGUCGUCGAGGGCCUCCUCAAGCCCUUCACCGACGACCUCCGCGGCGACGGCGGGAGGAAGGUGACCGAGAAGGCGCGGGAGUGCGCGUGCUUCUUGCGCGGCACCGAGGUGCUCGCCAAGCACGACGAGAAGUACAUGCCCAAGGAGGUCGGCGAGGCGCUCGAGCGAAACAAGAAGCGCCUCGAGGCCGAGGCAGAGGCGGCGGCCGCCUCUCAAGGGUCCACUGUGGCUGCGGCGACGGAGGGAGCAAAGGCAAGCUCGUAAGAUUUUGCCCUCCUUCUGGUUUGAGAGUUGCUGGAUCUUGAGUAUGAGGCAUCCGGCAUAGGUAGAUUUCCAUUUGAUUUCACUCUGGCGCUGGGGGAUAUCUGCAGCGCGAUUGAAUUUGAUUCUAAGCUGAUGUGAUUGUUGAGCUGGGGAUCAGGCAAUUUUUGUUAGCGGAAUAAUGACAAAUGUUGGUUGAACACAGUAUACAUACUCGUUUUGAAGUAAAAUAUAGUGUACUCCUUCCACUGAGUGGUAUUAUAGAUUUACAAGCCUGAGCUAUAGGCGGAUUUGAAUUUGAUUUCACUCCAGAACUGGGGAUAACAUGAUUCAGUUUAAGCUGAUUGUAGUACUUUUGGCCAGGAGAGAAAGCAUUUUUUUGUCAAGGGCUGAUUGAACAUGGCUCCAUGUAUUGUUUCUCAAGCAUUAUUAUCAGUGAUACUAUUUCAACUGAGUAAUAUGGUUUUGUGUUA